AUGGUUAAUCAAUCGCUACCAAUUGCGACUCCCAGACGGUUCCACCAACGUUGCCUCCGUACAAUCCUAAACAUCCAUUGGUCUGACUAUGGGGCUGAUUUUACUGUUCUUACACGGGCAGCGGUCAGAGUACUGAGGCUUCCGCAAAAGAAGAGUCCCAAAGAGGAGCAAGGAGAAGCACAAGAUGCCCUGAAGCAAUACCUCAGCCAUGGCCAUAUAGGCUACCAUCAAUGUCCACUCUGA